GGAUUACCUCUGCCUCAUCGUUCCUGCCAUCUCAAGCCCUCAGGAGGAUUAGUAUCUAACUUCAGUGCUUUAGAUUUUGAAUUCUCCCCGCGCUGUCGGCGCGCCGGAAAUUCGUUAGGCAUUGCCGGAGUUUGGAAUAUGUGUGCCAGUGAGUGAAACGGAUAUCGCACCUCUGAAGAUUGUCAACCACUUCAGGCGACAAGAGAUUCGCCAAAGUGUUGGUUCUCUGCGCCGACUGCUCUUAAAGGAUAUCUUAACAUGGAGUGCCUCUCGGUGGAAUACCACUGUGACAACCCCUCAGCGUGGAGCCGGCGGUCGCCCCAGCAGCAGCAUGUGAUGCCGCGCUGACGCCAUGCCCACCCCGCAGGACGAUGGCAGUCUGCUAGACGAACCCCGCGGCCCCGGACCCGGGGACAGCACCACCACCAGCACCACCGCCAACAUGAGCCCCGAGGAGGAGACAGCGGCGCCGCCCGCCGCGCUCAUGGCCGCGUCGCGGCAGGCCGACGACGAGCGGCGAGUCACGUCGCCGCCGUCCGGCAGCAAGUACCUCCACGACGACGUGCCCAUGGCCCUGGGCAGCCUGGGCGGCCUGGGCACCACCACCCUGGCCGAGGACGACGCGCCGGGCGCCGCGGCCGACGACCAGCAACAGCAGCAGCAACAAGAGUCGGCGGCGCGGCAGCCCGGCCACGCCGGCCACGCCGGCCACGACGCGGAGGACUCGUGGGGCAACAACGACGUGGAGAAGUUCGACGGCAAGAUCGUGUACAACCCGGACGGCUCGGCCUACAUCAUCGAGGACAGCGAGCUGAGCGAGGAGGAGAUCGGCGACGGCUGCAUCGUGGACGGGCGCGGCGUGAGCCUGCCCGAGCAGAGCCAGGUGUUCCCGCAGAUCGCCAACGCGUUCUACGUCAGCAGGAACCCCGCGCUGUACUCGGCGCUGUACGGCCAACAACAGCAGCAGCACCACCAGCAGCAGCAGGCCGCGCUGCCCAGCAGGCACCAGGCCCCCGAGGCGCCCGUCAUGCACAGCUACCGGGUGUACUCGGUGCGCGACGGCAAGUCGGCCGAGGACGCCGACAAGGAGGUCAAAGACGGCGUGCGCAAGCAGCUCAAGAUCCCCGCGCAGGAGGCCACCUCGGUGCCCGUCAAGCCCAUCCUGAUGUGCUUCAUCUGCAAGCUGUCGUUCGGCUACACCAAGUCGUUCGUGGCCCACGCCAUGGGCGACCACAACCUGGUGCUGCGGGAGGACGAGAAGGAGAUCCUGAGUCACCAGAACGCGUCGGCCAUCAUCCAGGUGGUCGGCAAGGAGAAGGAGCCCCUGCUGUCCUUCCUCGAGCCCGUCCCGCCGUCGCGGCCCGCCGCCGAACAAGUGUCGGACCGCGAGCACCGGGACCUGCGCGACCGGGACGACGUGGAGGCGCAGUCCCUGGUGGUGCACAGGCGGUCCGCCGACAGGUCCAGCGCGUCGCCGCAGAGGCCCACCCCCCAGCAGUCCCCGCAGCAGCACAGGCUGCAGCAACAUGUUCCUGAGACGUCCCCAGUCUCCCUGCCGCAAAACGGCAGUAACAGUAGCAACAAUUUCCUCAAUUUCAACCACCAACGACUCAUGGUCAACGGCCUCAACAGCGUCAUGGACUUGACGAGGAAGAGCCCGGUGUCGGGGCCGGCGGGGCCGGCGUCGCACGGCCGCAACAGCGUGUCGCCCGGCGCCAGCCCGUCGCCCAGCCCACUGCAGCUGGCCAACCCCUUCGCGCCGCCGCCGCCCAGCUUCCUCACGGGCACCACCAUCGGCGUGUGCCCCGACCACAUCGCCGGCCGGCCCAGCGGCGUCGAGUGCAGUAAGUGCGAGCUCAUCCUCAGCUCGUCCCGGCUGGGUGGCCCCCUCGCCAACAUGCACUCGCGCAACUCGUGCAAGACGCUCAAGUGUCCAAAGUGCAACUGGCACUACAAGUACCAGGAGACGCUCGAGAUCCACAUGAAGGAGAAGCACCCCGAAACGGAGACGUCGUGCCUGUACUGCAUCGCCGGGCAGCCGCACCCGCGGCUGGCGCGCGGCGAGACAUACACGUGCGGCUACAAGCCGUACCGCUGCGAGGUGUGCAACUACUCCACCACCACCAAGGGCAACCUCAGCAUCCACAUGCAGUCCGACAAGCACCUCAACAACAUGCAGGAGCUGCAGAACGGCGGCGUCAACACCGAGAUGAACCACCCGGCGCUGCAGACGCCGCCGCCCAAGUCGGGGAUGGCGUCGCCCAGUGUGCCGUCACAGCAGGCCCAGCAGAAGCCCAAGCCCACCUUCCGGUGCGACGUCUGCAACUACGAGACCAACGUGGCGCGCAACCUGCGCAUCCACAUGACGUCCGAGAAGCACACCCACAACAUGAUGGUGCUGCAGCAGUCCAUGAAGCACAUGCAGACCCUGAGCGCGCUGCAGCAGUCCCACCAGCAGCAGCUGUCGCUCGAGUCGCUGCUGCACUUCCACCCCGGGCUGCUGCCGGGCGGGCUGCCCGGGCCGGACAAGCCGCCGCCGCACUCGGAGGCCGCGCUGGCCGACAUGGCGUACAACCAGGCGCUGCUCAUCCAGAUGAUGACGGGCGGCCAGAUGCCGCCGCACAUACCACCGGAGCUGGCGCCGCACAUGGACAUGGGGCUCAACCCCGAGACCAUGGAGCCGCCGCCGGGCCCCGCCGACCCCAACCCCUCGCACCUCUUCCACUGCUGCGUGUGCAACGCCUUCUCCACCGACUCGCUGGAGCAGCUGUCGCACCACCUGAGCGAGGACCGCACUCGCAUCCGCGAGCAGGAGAUCCUCGCCGUGGUGGCCGGCCACUACGUGUGCAAGCUGUGCUCCUACAAGACCAACCUCAAGGCCAACUUCCAGCUGCACUGCAAGACGGACAAGCACCUGCAGCGCCUGCAGCACGUGAACCACGUCAAGGAGGGCGGCCCCCGCAACGAGUGGAAGCUCAAGUACGUCACCAGCCCCGGCGGCAUCCAGGUGCGCUGCCACGCGUGCGACUACUACACCAACUCGGCGCACAAGCUGCAGCUGCACGCGGCGGGCCAGCGCCACGAGGCCAGCCACCUGCUGUUCCGGCACCUCCGCGAGAGCGAGGCCGCCCUGGACCUCAACGCCUCGCGCCUCUACCACUGCGCGCUGUGUGGCUUCUCGGCGCGCGCGCGCCUGCCCCUGCUGCAGCACAUCCGCUCCAUGAAGCACGUGCAGAUGGAGCAGCUCCACCAGCUGCAGCGCCGCGCCGAGGGCAAGGACGUGCAGACGGACAUCGGCGAGAUCUUCCAAGUGCUGGCCGAGCCCCAGCAGCCGUUCGGCGAUAUGGACUGUGAUAACAAAGAGCAGCAGCAGCUGCUUGAACGGGAACGGGAACGAGAGCGGGAGAACCGAGAGCGAGGAAGGGAGAGCCGAGAGCAAGAAAGAGAGAGGUCACGGGAGAGGGACUCCGCGACGCCGCAGGACCGCCAGGGCAGCCCAGCGACAGAGGGCGCGCACCAGUGCCCCUAUUGCAACUUCACGGCUGGCUCCGAGUUGCGCGUGCAAGCCCACGUGCUGGCCCACCACCAGAACGAGCCCACCAGCCCGUCACAGCGAGACUUCCUCUGCCCGCUGUGCCAGGACGCCUUCCGGGAUCGCACCUUGCUGGAGAGGCACGUCAUGCAGAUCCAUUCCGUCAACGCGGAGGGUCUGCAGAGACUGCUGAUGCUGGUCGACCAGAGCCACUGGCUCAACUCAUCAACCAGACCAGGGCCCGGCACCCCCAGCAGCCAGCGCCCCACCACACCUCAAACCACGCCGCCGGGAAAUCUAAACAGCCCGUCGUCCGUGGCGUCCUCGACGGGCUGUAAGGAGCUGCAGGACUCGGGGUCUUCCGGCAAGCUGAACCACUCGGACAACACGACUGGGGAGGCUGACGACCAGGACAUGGCUGAAGACCAGGACGACCUUCUUCGCUGUCAUGCGUGCUCGAAGAGCUUUCGCGCCUUUGAGGAGCUUUGCGCCCACCAGACCGAGGCUAACCACCUUGAACUGAAGCAAACACCACUUGGACCAGGCUAUCUGUGUUGGAAGAAAGGGUGCAACCAGUACUUCCCUUCUGCCACCAGCUUGCAGAUGCACUUCCGCGAAAUUCAUCUACGGGGAGGUGCUCAGCCUGGCGUAGCUGUCUCCGAAAAGCACGUGUACAAGUACAGAUGCAGUCAGUGUUCCCUGGCAUUUAAGACGAUGGAAAAGCUACAACUUCAUUCCCAAUAUCACCUGAUUAGAGACGCCACCAAGUGUGUACUUUGCGGACGGUCCUUCCGAUCCAUCUUGGCACUGCAUAAGCACGUCGAGACUGCACACCCUGAACUGACUGAAGAGGAGCUGAACGCCUACAAGCAGAGCCUAAUGAACAACCCUCUGGUGCUUGCUGGAAUUACCGGCCCCGUUUUGGACCCGGUAACCAACGAACUGCUUCGCAAGGAAAGCAUGAGAAUGGAUGAAGAUGUCUUGGAUUCAGAGGAAAGCCCUGCCAAAGAAAACGCUGAUGAGAGUCUUGGCAAUGCUCACAAUGACGGAGAAAAUAGCGACGAUUCCAUCGUGUACAAGGAGCAACAGUUUCUAGAAGACUAUUUGAACAGCCAGGCUAUGGCGGAGGAUUCCUAUAACGACCCCAACCGCAAGUACAAGUGCCACCGAUGCAAGGUUGCCUACACGCGGCAAAGCUACCUCACUUCUCACAAUAAGACCCUUCUCCACCGAAAGGGCGAAAAACUAACUUACCCCAUGGAGAAGUACCUGGACCCCAACAGGCCAUACAAGUGUGAUGUUUGCAAGGAGUCAUUCACACAGAAGAACAUUUUACUAGUGCAUUACAACUCAGUGAGCCAUUUGCAUAAGCUUAAGAGGGCCAUGCAGGAGCAGCAAAACAACAACAAUAACAAUAAUAAUACCAAAGAUACAUUGGCUAGCUUGGGCGUAACUUCUCCCCAAAGUUUGCCUCCUGGUAUGCCGUUGACUCCCAAAUCUCAAAGUUCCUCUGCUUCCGACGACGACGACAAGAAACCGUACAAAUGCAAUAUUUGUCGUGUUGCCUACAGUCAAGGCUCUACUUUAGACAUUCACAUGAGGUCAGUUCUUCACCAGACACGUGCCUCUAAACUGCAAGAUUUAGCAAUUACUGGCCAAAUUGAUUUGAGCAAACCGCUCAUUGAACAGCCUGAACCACGCUCCAAACUGAUUCAAGACAUUCUUGGUGCUUCACCAAAGCUGGCACCACCUCAGUCGCUCUCGUCAUCCCUUACUUCGCCACCGUCCGGGGGCAGCACGGGUACUGCGCAGGGCUCUCCGACAGUUCCUAGUAGUUUAGGCAGUUCUUCCGCCUCUGCUCAAUCGUCUGUGAUAGGCUCCGACCCCUUAGCUUGCCCGCGCUGCUCCGCCCUGUUUGCCAGCCAAGAGCAGCUUGCCACGCACCAACAGCUGUACUGUCUUUUUGGCAGUCCCAUGAACAUGUUCGGCAUGGGUGGUGCCAGCCCCCAGUCCUCCAACAAUCGGACGCCACCGCCAUUUCAAUCAACUCCCGAAGACACAUUUGCCAGACUUUCAGUCAACAAAAAGUCGUCUCACAUGUACAAGCACCUCUUAGAAAGUUUUGGAUUUGAUCUGGUGAUGCAGUUUAACGAAAAUCACCAGCGCAGAAGACAAAAGGAAAGAGAAGACAUGGAAAAGGCUCAGUUACAACUUCAGGAGCAAGUAGAGCAUCAUCACAUCCCACAGCUUGAACCUCCCAUGCCUAUGGAGAUUCCAGAACCUGAGAAAAUUGAAGAAAUCGAAGAAGAGCCGAAGGAAAAGGUUGUCGUAAAAGAAGAGCAGCUUGAGGAAGAAGUGCGUCCAAGCACUCCUAGUGAAAAGGACCAACUUCCAGAAGUGUCUAAAUCUACCUGCCAACACUGCAACAAAGAGUUCUCCAGUGUUUGGGUCCUGAAAGCACACUGCGAAGAAGUUCACAAGGAUCUUGUUCCCCUUGAUUUUCUUGAAAAAUAUGCACAGCAGUUUAAGUCUGAAUAUGAAAAGAAGUCGGUACCUGGAGUCGAUUCAACACCUGAAAAGGAGUCCGAAGACAGCAAAGAGAACAUUAUGUCGAACAUUCUAACACCGCCAAACGACAUUACGGCCACACCGACAGCACCCUCUACACCAACUGCAUCAUCAACCCCUGCUUCAACUAAUGAAAACACCGCAACCAACAACUCAAUGACAACUGCGCUACCUGCCAUGGCUGGUUUGUCCCCAUCGGCUCAAGGCUUAUCCAUGAACCUUGCUCAACAAAUGGACUCCAUGCAGAUGGCACUGAAUGCCAUGGCCGUGCAGCAGCACCUUCAGCAGCAACUCAACCCAAUGAUGCUCGGCAUGAUGGGACUUCCUUUGGGACUCAACAUGCAGGCUUUGGCUGCCAUGAACUUACAGCCACCUCUGGUGCCUUUGAUGAUGCCACCCCCACCAUUUGACCAGAUGGCAGCGCAGAACCCGCUAUUCAGUCCCCAAGGCCAGGGUUUGGGUGACCCAGCCUCCAUGCUCGCCAAACAACAGCAGGCACUCAUGCAGCAGCAGCAACAAGUGGCUAACGCAACGCAGCAGAAGAGGGCAAGGACACGGAUCACAGACGAACAGCUGAAAAUAUUGCGGGCUCACUUUGACAUCAACAACUCCCCGUCCGAGGAGCAGAUCCACGACAUGGCAGCGCGGUCCGGACUUCCGCCCAAGGUCAUCAAGCACUGGUUCCGAAACACCCUCUUCAAGGAGCGUCAGAGGAACAAGGAUUCUCCCUACAACUUCAACAACCCACCCUCCACUACUCUAAACCUGGAAGAGUACGAGAAAACUGGUGAGGCAAAAGUUACUCCACUAAACACCAGCAGUAGUUCCGACGAGCAGAAGCCUGUAGCGAAGCCCCUCACGCCGGCUCCAGCUCCUGCGCAGCCAGCCCCACCACCUCCACAACCACCAAAGCCAAGCCCGAGCAGUCAGCAGCAACAGCAGCGGGAACGAGAACGGGAACGCGAGCGGGAACGGGAACGGGAACAGCAGCUUCUCCAGCAGCAGCAAAUGCAGCAGCAAAUGAUGCAGCAGCAGCAGCUAAUGCACCAGUUCCCCAAGCCCCCGGAGCACAUCAAGACGGAGCCCAGCUCCGAGCAUGUUGGCAUGGAGCGCGAAGACUACCACCUGAGCCCCACGCCGUCCCACGCAUCGCGGAGCUCGUCGCCAGCCAGCCUGACCCUGUCUUCCCUGAUUGCUUCGCAACUAGGCCCAGACCCAAUGAGCCACAGCGCGGCAUCUAUGCUGCCUCCAAAAUUGACUCCACCGAACUUCGCCUCGCCAACGCACGGCGUCGCGCCGGGCCCCAUGACUCCGAACAGUAGAAGUGUCAGCCCUGGCCGCUCCUUCAACGACCCCUUCACCCACCUCGGCAGUAACAGCACCGGCCCUAGCAGCGGAGGCGGCGCUAACUCCAGCGGCAGUAGCUCGUCGGGUGGCUCUACAGGCAAGAGGGCCAACCGCACGCGUUUCACUGACUACCAGAUCAAAGUGCUGCAGGAGUUCUUUGAAAACAACGCUUACCCGAAAGACGACGAUCUAGAGUACCUGUCCAAACUGCUUAGCCUCAGCCCACGUGUCAUUGUCGUGUGGUUUCAGAACGCCAGGCAAAAGGCGCGCAAGGUGUAUGAAAAUCAGCCCGCAGUGGACCCAGCGCCGGGCACGGGUGGCACGACUGACGAGCAAGGCCGAUUUCAGCGGACGCCUGGCCUCAACUACCAGUGUAAGAAGUGCUUGCUUGUCUUCCAGCGGUACUACGAGCUGAUUCGCCACCAGAAGACCCACUGCUUCAAGGAGGAGGACGCAAAGCGGUCGGCUCAGGCGCAGGCCGCCGCGGCACAGAUUGCAGCCGUCAUGUCGUCGGAAGAUUCUAACUCAAGCACUAUGACUGAGCAAAGAGAGCCUCCGGCCGCCCCGCAGUCCGCCCCCCUGGCGAGCACCGCGGCGCUGACGGUCAGCUCUGGGCCGGUGACGCCCGCGCCUGGGUCGUCUGCCCACACGCCCACCCCCUCUCCACUUCCUGACUCUCCUCGCGACCCUCCAGCCCCCGCGAACCAAGCCCUUGCCAAGGAGAGCUCGUUUCAAUGCGACAAGUGCAACCUGGUUUUCCCCAGGUUUGAACUAUGGCGGGAGCACCAGCUGGUCCACAUCAUGAACCCAAACCUGUUCCCAACCUAUCCUCCUGACUCACCCUUUGGCAUCCUGCAGCAGCACGCACAGUUGCAGCAGCAACAGCAACAAGUGCCCCAGCAACCGCAACUGCCGCCGCAGCUCCCUGUCUUGCCUGACUUGUCAAUGCUGCCAGGGGCCGCCGCGCACCCCCUUGCCAACAUGUUGGGUGCCAAACGCAAGCUGGAGGACUUUGAUGAGCCCCAAGAGCACAGCGACCAGCCCAAGGACAAGCGCCUAAGAACUACCAUCCUUCCCGAGCAGUUAGACUAUUUGUACCAAAAAUACCAGAUGGAAAGCAACCCCUCUCGCAAGAUGCUGGAGAACAUCGCUAGGGAGGUAGGCCUGAAAAAGCGCGUGGUGCAAGUGUGGUUCCAGAAUACCCGGGCCAGGGAGCGCAAGGGGCAGAGUAGAGCGCACUCGCAGGUCAUCAACAAGCGUUGCCCUUUCUGCCCAGCCCUCUUCAAGGUAAAAUCUGCCCUUGAGUCGCACUUGAACACCAAGCACGCAGACCAGUGCGCGCGCGGCGAGAUCAACAUCGAUGCCCUGCCUGACGAGGAGGUGAGCAUGGAGUCCACGCAGUCAUCGCAGCACUCCUCCGCACAGCCCAACAUGAUGCCCCCGCUGUUCCCGCCCUUUCAGUCCCCGGACGUGGAGGCGUCCCUAAAAAAGUACUACGAGGAGUCAGUUAAGAGGUACAUCAGCGAGCUGCAGGCACACCAGACCUCCCAGAACGGCAAGGAGGGCGGCCCCACCAAAGAUGACGUCGCACCACACACUGGCGCCCCCGUGGAGGGGGGAGCCGGCGUCCUCGACCUCAGCAAGCCCGUAGACCUGAGCCGUCCCUUGGGCAUGGCGUUGUCCGUGCGAGAAGACCCCAUGAGUGAGCACGGUGACGACUCCAUGUCCGAGUGCACCGACAACAUGGACGACGAGAGCAACCCAACGUCCCCGGCGUCGUCCACCCAGAGUGGGCACCAGCGCAGUGGGCCCACCCCGUCUGGAGCGCCCGGCCAGCCAGGGCAGCCCGCCAACAAACGCUUUAGGACUCAGAUGAGCUCUCUGCAGGUCAAGAUAAUGAAAUCCCUGUUCGCGGACUACAAGACGCCCACCAUGGCGGAGUGCGAGAUGUUAGGCCGCGAGAUCGGGCUGGCCAAGCGGGUGGUCCAGGUGUGGUUUCAAAACGCGCGCGCCAAGGAGAAAAAGACCAAGCUGGCCCUGCAGAAGGCGCUCGGCGGUCCUGAGUCGCUAGCCACGCCCCCACCGGACCGGGCGCCGGAAGAGUGCGUCCACUGCCAGUUCAAGUACUCGCACAAGUACUCGAUCCAGGACCAUAUCUUCACCAAGAAACACAUAGAGAACGUGCGCCAGUACCUGGAGACGCACAAAGACGCACAGCCUGGCAGUGAACCGCCCGCCACCGAGUUCCCCAUGCCGCAGCUCCCAGUGGCGGGCAGCCUCCCGGGCAGCCUCCCCACCGUCAUGCCUGGGCUGCCGGGCAGCCUGCCGAGCCACGCGGGCGGCCUGCCUGGCCACGCGGGCACCCCAUCCGACAACAACAACGCCCCGAAGGCGGCCCCGGGCAUCAACACCCUGCCCCAGGAAGACUUGAAUCUCUUGCAACAGCUGUAUGGAUCAGUGGCCCCCAGCUCGGCUGGCCGCUCAUUCUACCACAACAACGGCGUCGAGGGCUCGCUGGUGACGAUGCUGGGGCUGGAGCCCGCCGCGCUGCAGGCCAUCCUGGACCAGACCGGCCCCGGCGUCAGCUCCAUCCGCAUCGCCGUCCCCGAGGAGCCGCCGCCGCACUGCCGCGUGCUGGACGCCGAGGCGGGCUUCGUGUGCAAGAAGUGCCGCCUGGCCUUCUCGGCCGAGGUGGCGCUCAUCGGCCACCAGCGCGGCUGCUGCCCCGGCCAGGUGGGCUGGGCCGUGCGCAUGAUCGCGGCCCGCUACGAGUGCAGGCUGUGCGUCGGCGCGUGCUUCGACAGGGCCAGCGACGCGCGCCGCCACUGCGAGUCCGACGGCCACCGCGGUCGCCUGCCCGGCAUGCACCCGCCCCCGCCGCCCGACUCGCCCUCCGACGCGCUCUCGCACGAGAUGGAGGACGUCGUGAACCAGAUCGCCGCCCUGGCAGCCAAGGCCGCCCAAGAGGGCACCACGUUGGGCACCCCGUUAGGCAGCGCCACCCCCGACUCCAACGCCAACAUCUUCUGCCAGGACGGCAGCAGGAAGGGCACCGUGCCCGCACCCUGCCCGCCCACCUUCGCCAUGCCCACACUGUGAGGCGCAUCCUACCCUUUCCCCCUCCCGGAACGGACGCCAACCACCACGAAGGCUUAGCGCGUUCCUCGCAAACGGAGCACGCAUGAAACUAAUCCUCGCUUACACGAUGAAAUAUCGAGACUAGGGUACAUACAAUUUGAAACAAAUAUGACGUCGUUGUCCCCGAGCAUGUUGUUCGUAGAUAUACAUAUAUUUAAAAUUAAUUUUGUUUUCUGAUAUGGUUCGGGUGUACGUGUACAAAAUUUAUGUUAUUGCCUUGUGCAAUACUAGAUAUGUAAGUCUCAAAACAAUGCAGCUAUUCGUCCGCGACCUUGAUGCUGUGCCCAAGAUAAAAUAAAGUUACAAAACUCGCUCUCGAUGUUUUUAUCGAACCAAUUGUCGAGUUGUUCACGUCGAUGAUAUGAAAAGAAAAAGUAUGUGCGAUAAAAUUAAGGCAAAGUACGUAAAUUUAUGAUUAGCAAUCAAUGCUGCUUUGAUUGGUUUUGUUGUUAGAUGUACUUGUACAUAUGACGUCUGAGAUCUUAGUGAUAAAUCACAACAGUAGAAUUGUCAUUAGGGCGUAUGAAAAAAACUGAAACUCGCUACAAAGAAAAUAUUUGUUACUGAGUAACAAAGCUAUAUAGUUUUUGACUUGAUUUGUUUAAAUCCAUAUUAUUUAACAAAACGUUUAUGUUCUAUGGCUGCAAAACAGUUUCUUGAUACUAGUUAGUUAAGGAUUAUAAAGUAGCAAAGUACAUGUAAAAAGUGCAAUAUAGAACAAAAUGAAAUGUUUUCUGAUAUAGAUGUGUGGUUUACUAUCAUUACCCGAACAUAGUGCUUUCUUAUAUGUUGAAGAAAAAUGUUGUGUUUGUAUUUCGUUAGUGUUUGGUGUCAGUAUUCCUUGUGCCAUACUGCGGUAGGGGCAAAUGUGAAAACUAGUGAUUAGAAUAUGUAUCAAAUGUUGAUGUUCCUGAAAGCGUGAUUUCGUUUGCGAGGUAACCUUAUCUUCGAAGCAUUUACUUUUGAAGUGGCAUUUACCUAUUGACUAUGUGAAAGAAGUUACACCGAGGCCAAACAUAAAAAGACAAGCUAAUGGCUUUAGUUAAAAACAAUCGUCCUGACGAUUAAGUUAAUGUUCCCAAAAGGAAGUCGCACAUAUGACGCAAGUUCCUAAAAAUUCACACAUUAAGCGUCCCCGUGCUCCUCUUUUCCAGGGAAGUGAUAGUGGCAUUUGCCCGAAGAUGUAUAUAUCAUAAUUAUUGAAAUAAUGGUUAUAUUGGAUGUAAGGAGAUUGUGGUGAUCCAUUGGUAAGAUGCUAACACUGACAUUAAGUGUCAAAUUGAUAUUGAAAUCUCACACCUCGCUAUUGUAUUCUAAGCUCUUUAUGAAAUAAUUUUAAGUGACUAUGUCACAAAUUACUAAUUAUAUAUUUAAGAGAAAGAAAGAAUAUAAUGAGAGCCAUGCUUGAUUACGUUUGUUUUUUUCUGUGACGUUGUACCGCAAUGUAGAUCAACAUUGUUUUGUUUGGAAUGAUGAUUCCAUUUCCAUCUUUGGUUCCGAGUAGCAAGUGCUAUAGGGUCCAAAUUUGUUAAAGAAAGGUGCGAUCUCCAUGCGGUGUCUACCAACGACGAGAAACAUAUUUUUUAAGUUUUGUGUCUUUGUUUUGGCACAAAACAUUGCGUGGUUUGUUGACGCAAAUUAAAAGUACCACAAAUUCAUCCGCAUUGUCUUUCUCUCGUUGGUACAUUAAAGAGGCACCUUUCACCCGCUUUGAAUCGUGUUGGCUUUCAAAGCGGCUGCAUGGUGCCCCUGGUCCCUACUCGGUGCUGGGAACGGGGUAGGGGCUUUGGAAAACAAAUGCAUUAUUUGUUUCCCAAAAAAUAUGAAACCGAGCUGUAAGAGUAAGGCUGUGGACUUAAAAUGAGAUUUCAUCAAAUAAAAUCAUGAAUAUAAGAGCUCUAUAACAACACGGAAACACCGAUUGACACAGCCACUCGAUGAAGUUCGGGUUCCUUCCCAGCAACCCAAGGUUCCUAUCUUUAGCUAACAGUUCUAAGGUUCCUCAUUAUCAUGUGCUUUUUCUAUUAUAAUUAAUAUAAAUUAUUAAUAAAUGGCAAACUAUUGAUUGUCUUAAAGCAAGUGACGCAUUAUGUGUUCCGUGAAAUUAGUAUCUUUAAACUUGAAGGUGUAUCUGUGUGAAUGAACGAAUGUAAGGGUGCGCGUGUGUGAUAAAGACAAGGGUGGGACGAUGGAAAACAGCUAUGUCUAAAACUAGAAUACCGCAAACUAUGCAGACUUACUUCCUUUUACCAGCUUUACAGAAAACGUCUGUACUUUCGAUGCUCCGGCUCAAGUUAUCUUGCGUAGACUGUGAUACAUCACAGGUGCAUAGCGCUUCAUUGUCGAACCCAUCCUUGUCCGUAGGGAUCAUUUACCAGGUAAACGUUCUCACAAGUAGAACGUUGCUGUUCCUCACAGACUUUUGUCGUUCUGAUUUCGUUUUUUUUUCUGACAUAAUCGGUAAGUCCGAAUGGAGGUUAUUUUCUCCGGUGAUAAGUAAUCGCUGUAUUUUGCUUGUGUUUAUUUAAUGUAUUAUGUACGCUGUUUGUGUCUCUGUGUUAUUUGUUUUUUGUUGAUUUUGCAUUGUUUUGAGAUUUCAUUUAUUGCAUCAAUUGGUGCCAAUCGGUACUAGUCCUUCCUCGUUCUGAAUAUUCAGACAAAAUCAGAUAGUUCCUAUGAAUUUGUCCUACCAGGUAUCGCUAAUUGAGAAAGGUUUAUGUUGGGUAAGGCUUGCAUUACAGUCCCACCCAGAGUUCAUUUACAUUCAGCAAAAUGACGUGAUUAUUUAGAAGUUUUGUUUAUCCAGGCGAGGUAUAAAUAAUAUGUGACUCAUGAAGAGACCAUGUAACCUCUUAUGGCAAAUGCCCGUGAACAAAAUGGCAAUAGAUUCUUGCACGACUAGGCAAAACUGUUGAGUUAGCGUACAAUUAAAACGAAACCUCUCCCAUUUAAUAAUUAUUUGUAGCAUGUGUACGGACUUGGAUAUUAAUAAUAUUAUUAUUACAUGAAUUGAUAUUGUUUCUUUUGUUUAAGUACAAUUUUAUUGUUAAUUUCGAUGUACGUUAACAGAUUUGAAGUGAUCAAUGCUGCUGAUUAAGGUUCCUAGUAGUUUUCAUAUCUUUGACAAGCAGUUUUCUAUUUUUUUUUCUUUUCUAGAUGGUUUAAUGUUUAGCAUGUUGGUUCAAUGUAACACAAAUACCUGUCAAAAUUAUAAGAGUACCUCAAUCGGGGAAUGCCUUGUCUGCGACAAGACAUUGAAUAUUACACCUAAUGCACAUCAAAAAAUUAGGAUUUCAACCUUUGUUUUUUGAAAAACAAAACUUGUUGCAUUGUCUUAAUAACCUCCGGCUGUCAAAUAAUGUCACGCAAAAGUCAUAUCGUUUACGUACCCCAAUUUGUUUUUGUGUUUGUAAAAUCGUAUAUUGCUUUUUCCUCUACUGUUUCUAAAGAGAUACAAAUUUCUGCAUUCUUAUAUGACUCCGCUAUAAUUGUUAGAAGGGUACAUGUAAGCAUUUUCUUGCGUAUUUUUUGUGUUAUUGUUUUGUCGUAAUGUUUUUUACUGAAAUAGUGCAAUGGCAAGUUACUUGUCAUUUAUAUUUUUUGUAUUGGUGAUACACAUUUUGUGACACAAAGUGGUGCAAAGUUCCUAAAACGACAACCUCGCCUCUAGACAGCGUGGGCUGUAGAUUCAGCCCAUUGCUUCAGGGUUUUAGAUUAUUAAAAUUAUUGUUUCACUGGCAUAAAAUGUUCAAACAAGGCAUCCUCCUCAUUCGGAUGUCAAAAAUAUAUGAUCAAGUGGCUACAUCUCUCGGGGUUCUACAAGACAUAGUUCUUCAGAUUUCAGAUCCACUGAUCUUAAGGUUCAAAGUUCCUCAGCGCAAUUAUAUUUAUAUUUGUGCGAAAUUUCUCUAUAUAUAUACCUGUAGUUUACCCUUGUUGCCGAUUGUUGUUUUAACUCUCCGUCUUCCAUUUGAGGUAUGAUAGAUGUUCCUCUUUUCUGUAUUGGCAUGUCUCGAGAAAAUCCCUAAUUCUGAAGCCGAUAGGGAAGGGCACACUACGUCAGUUACGCCGGUGACCACUCGCGUAUAUGGAGUAUAACGUGGCGGGGUCCCGGCACUGGCGGACAGUUAAAAACGGCUGCAAUUGCGGCAGCAUUUAAUUUGCGCAAUUGUCAGCUAUUCUUGAGACACUUUUAUCCAUUUUCUUUUAAUUCUUUUCCGAGCCGGUAAUACGUUCCUUAGAGUCAAAUGAUUGUUAGGGAAAUGUGUACUGAUACUUAUUUGGUCUCUCCUAGGUGUAGCGCUUUUGUACCAUAACUGCACCCAAGUGCACCACCUCUUCCGUCACUGAGGAGUCUGCCCCUGCAUCUCACAGAGCCACUUCAUGUAAACGGCAGAUCCAAGCCGUGUGUGAGAUAUUGAGCAGAAAUUUGUAACUCUUUGUCAUUUUAAUGUCUAAUCGGCCAUAAUCUAUAGAAGAUUUCACUCGGAGGCAUUAAACCUGGCCGAUGUAGUCGAAAUCACGUAGUUGAGCUUUUUUCAGGUAAUCAGAGCAAAGAGAUGUAUUCUAAACGUAGCAUACCCAACGUUUCAAAAUGUCGACCGUUUACAUCUGAACCGAGUGAAAACGAGCGAAUGGGCUAUGCACAUUUUAUUUCGUUUAUUCUACCCCCUUGAUAUACAGAUUUCGUAUGGUAUUUGACUGCCGACAACCGGUACUGACUGUUUCCCUGAACGGGUUUUCUACCAACUGUAUCCGAUAUGGCAAUGUUAAACGAUUUGUUUGUGACGAGACUGCCGUUUUCAUUACUGUUUUGUUUUUUCGCCCAGUUUUGUAACGUGGUGUUACUUGCGAACCUUACUGCGAUAUUAAUUGACUAUGUUCCAUUGUUUGAAUCACAUUUUAUGGCGAUUAUUUUCCACACCGAAUUGUAUCAGUUUGGAUUUAACAUUGUAUAAAUGGUAAUAAACUGCUAGUUUAUCAGGAA